GCCAGUCUAAGAUAACAGGACGCAAGCAGACUGCCUCUGGUGUGAUCGUGUCAAAAACAGGUGUAAAUGUGUGAUUUUUAUUCCACAGAAAGGCAAACUGUUUAAUCGCAUCCGCAACAAGAUUUUUUAACCUUUUGUUAAAAACUAAAGUGUGUUCCAUCAUGGGAACUGCAGAUGACUUUCUAAGCAUCUUUAAAAUUGAGGCCAGCACAAUUUCUGUGACAUUCAGCCUCUUCCUCGUUUUCAUGGGUCUCCUUUACUGGUAUUCAGUCUCUCCGUUCUCGGUCCUCUCUCGAUGUGGGAUCAAACAUCCAAAGCCAGUGCCGUUCUUUGGGAACAUGCUCAUGUUUCGCAAUGGCUUUUUGAGACCUCUCACUGAUAUUACAAAGACAUAUGGCAAAAUAAGUGGGUAUUAUUUGGGCCGCAGACCAGUGGUCCUGGUAGCAGACCCUGAUCUACUCAGACAAGUGAUGGUCAAGGACUUCAGUAACUUUUCUAAUAGAAUGUUUAUUGUUACCACCAAGCCCAUGAAAGACGGUCUGCUCAGGCUGAGGGAUGAACGGUGGAAGAGGGUUCGGAGCAUCCUAACUCCCUCCUUCAGUGCUGCCAAGCUGAAAGAAAUGGUUCCACUCAUCAACACAGCCGUCGUUUCUUUGAUGGACAACCUAAAUAACCAUGCUGAGUCGGGAAAAGCUUUUGACAUCUACAGAUGUUUUGGCUGCUUCACCAUGGAUGUCAUCAUCAACGUAGCUUUUGGCACCCAAGUGGACUCCCAGAAAAACCCAGACGAUCCGCUGGUUCAACACGCUAACAUGUUCUUCACCAUGCCUUUCCUGAAGCCACUCACGCUGUUUACCAUUCUCUGUCCUACUUUCAUGACUCCUCUUGUACGACUCAUCCCUAACAAAAGGCAAGUCCAGAUUGACAAAUUCUUCAUCAGCAGCAUUCAGAAGAUCAUAAAGCAGAGAGAAGAACAGCCUCCUGAUCAGCGGCGUAGAGAUCUCCUUCAGCUGAUCUUAGAUGCUCGGACUGGCCAUGAGAGCGUUUCUUUGGAACACUUUGACACAUUAAAUCACUCUGAUGAGUUUGGUGACAGGAGCCAAGAAACACAGCCAUCGGCAUCCAAGCGUGAACCCAGCGGUCCUCAUCCAGAGGAAUCGCUCAUCAAUUGUCCACAAAAAAGGACGCUAACAGAGGAUGAGAUUGUGGGUCAGUCUUUAGUCGUCCUCCUGGCAGGUUAUGAAACGAGUAGCAACACGUUAGGCUUCUGCUGCUACCUGCUGGCCCUCCAUCCUGAAUGUCAGCACAAAGUCCAGGAGGAGGUGGAUGAAUUCUUUAAAAGACACGAGUCAACAGAUUACGGAAAUGUCCAAGAGCUGAAGUAUUUAGACAUGGUUAUCAGUGAAACACUGAGGCUCUACCCUCCUGGUUUCAGGUACACUCGAGAAGUUGAGCAUGACUGUGUGAUAAAUGGCCAGUUUCUUCCUAAAGGGGUGCUAUUGGACAUUUUUCCAGGCUUCUUCCAUCUUGACCCAGACCACUGGCCAGAACCAGAGAAGUUCAUCCCUGAGAGGUUUACACCUGAAGCCAAGGCCAGUCGACAUCCAUUCGCCUACCUGCCUUUUGGGGCUGGACCUCGUAACUGUGUGGGAAUGAGGCUCGCCCAGCUGGAAAUGAAAAUGGCUUUAGUCCAUUUGUUCCACAGAUUCAACAUUGUGGCCUGUUCUGAGACCAAGGUUCCUCUUAACCUGAAGUCAUUUGGCACUCUAGGACCUAAGGAUGGCAUAUUUGUGAAAGUCACAAGGAGAAACCAGGGAGAAGAGACAAAUGACCCUCAAUCAGAUUAUUAAAACCUCAAAUCUCACUGAAAUCUUUAGUAAAACACAACCAGCUGUGACCCCCUAUGAAAAGAAAAUAGUCAGUAAUUUGGGGAUAAAAAUUGACUCCUCACUUAAUCUUGCCACACGUAAAUACAGUGGUGAGGUCCUGUUUUUUUAAUCUGAAACGACUAUCCAGGAUCGGGCCUCUGCUGUCCAGAGCUCAUCUGAAGUCUGUGUUGCAUGCAUUCGUCCUGUCCUGUCUGGACGGCUGUAACGCUCUAUAUGCCGGUCUGGCCCAGUGCACGGUUGCACGGCUCCAAUUCGUACAGAACUCAGCGGCUAGGUUCCUGACAGGUACUAGAUGUCGAGAUCACAUUACUCCAGUGCUGGAUGCUCUGCACUGGCUCCCGGUGCAAUGUCGAGCUAAAUUUAAGAUCUUAACUCUUGUUUUGAAGGCCCUCCAGGGCAGUGCCCCCUCUUACAUUACUGCACUUUUGCACAAGUAUGCUCCAUCUCGGUCUCUUCGCUCAGCCGAGCAGGGACGUCUGGUGGUCCCCCGGUCGAAAUAUCGAUCGAGGGGUUAUCGUGCAUUUUCUGUUUUGGCUCCAACUCUGUGGAAUGAAUUGCCAUUGAGCAUUAGGCAGGCGUCGUCCCUUCAAGUCUUUAAGUCUCGUCUAAAGACUCAUUUUGAUUUGAUUGCUUUUCAGCGCUAGGGUUCAUUAUGGUUUUUAAUACUUCUUCUGUUUGAUCAGGAUGCUUGAUCUUAUUUUGUCCACCAUUUGUUUUAAUUUGAUUAGUCUAAUUCCGUUAUCUCUCUGUAUUUGUAAUAUUGCUUGCUUGUUAUUUUAUGAUUUUAUGUUUUUAUCUUGCUUUUAUGCCCAGGUACUGGGAAUGUUUUUAUGAUGAUGCUGUUCAGCACCUUGGACUUCUGAUAACGUUGCGGAAGGUGCUCUACAAAUAAAAUUGAUUGAUUGAUUCUAUAUUAAAACUGUGGGUCUCUGUC